GCCUGUCAUGUCUUCCUCUCUAUGGUCUAAAGGGGGAAGUAGCUAAAAUUGCCAUCGGGAGUUAGUGUGAUGUAGAAGCGGCCGGCUUGAUUGAAUAAUGUUUCCAUCAUGUCUGCUCAUUCCUUGCUGUGUGAGAGAAUUACUAUUGCUAAGGAGCUAAUCAAGAGGGCAGAAGCCCUUUGCAGGUCCCGAAAAGGUGGCAUAGAAGGGGGCUCAAAACUCUGCGGCAAGCUAAAGGCGGAGCUAAAAUUCUUGCACAAGGUGGAAGCCGGUAAGGUAGGCAUCAAAGAAUCUCACCUGCAAAGUACAAACCUCACUCACCUGCAAGCCAUCAUCGAGUCGGCAGAGAAGUUGGAGGAGGUUGUUGGUGUCCUCCAUGUCUUUACUUAUGAGGACAGAUUUGGUGAAAAGCAAAGCUUGGUGGUGGAUGUAGUUGCAAAUGCUGGUCACACCUGGGUGAAAGCGAUUGGCCGAAAGGCCGAAGCCUUGCACAACAUCUGGUUGGGCAGGGGCCAGUAUGGAGACAAGAGCGUCAUUGAACAGGCGGAGGAUUUCCUGCAAGCAAGCAGCCAGCAGCCUGUGCAGUACUGUAAUCCGCAUAUUAUCUUUGCGUUCUACAAUGGUGUGUCCUGCCCGAUGGCAGAGAGGCUAAAAGAGAUGGGCAUAUCUGUGCGGGGAGACAUAGUUGCUGUGAACACAUUGAUGGAGUGUGCUAAAGAAGACGUCCAUUUUGAUUCUAGCGAAUCUGAUGACGGAGGUGAAGGCCUUCAGGUGACCAAAGUCGAUCGAGACACCUUAAUAGCGAGUGUUGCUUUUCCUACAGAAAUCAGAGUAGACAUGUGCAAUAGGGUUAACUUGGAUAUUACUACUCUGAUUACGUAUGUUUCAGCCCUUAGCUAUGGAGGCUGUUACUUCAUCUUUAAGGAGAAAGUCUUAUCUGAGCAGGCAGUGCAGGAGAGAGAAGAGAGUGUUCUCCCAAUCCUGGAGGAAUUCAUGAAGAGCAAGGAACUGUUUGCAUGUGAAUCUGCAGUCAAAGACUUUCAAGUCAUCUUAGAAACUUUAGGGGGGCCGGGGGAGAAAAGUCGAGCCGCGUUACUCAUGGAGAGAGUCAACGUGGUGCCAGACCAGCCCUCCGCACGUGCCUUAAGAUUAGUGCCUAGUUCCAAAAUCAAUAACCGUUCUCUGACCAUCUUUGGGACAGGAGAUGCUUUAAAGGCUAUCACCAUGACUGCAAACAGUGGCUUUGUUAGGGCUGCAGCUAACCAGGGAGUUAGAUUUAGUGUGUUCAUUCAUCAGCCAAGGGCAUUAACAGAAAGCAAAGAAUCUUCUGCCACACCUUUACCAAAGCACUGAGUGGGGUCUUAACAGUGCAUACAAGUAUCCCAGAUACUUGUUUAUUAUUCGUACUGUCUGUAGCAGAAGCACUUUCACAAACAAAAUUUAUAAGCACAAUCCAUCAAAAGGGCAGAAAGAAACCUGACUCAGAAGCAUGAACCCUUUGUGGGCAGCCCUAUAUUUCUUAAAAAGUUUGGUUCUGCCUUGGGUUAAGCACUUUUAAGAUACAUAGACAUCUCCCAUUGAAACAAAUGUACCCUUAAUUUUCAUGUAGGUGUAACAAUUCUUAAAUUUGUCUGGACUGUGCCCCAAAGUUCUGCUUGUGGUACAGGAUCCUGUCUUUUCCAGAAUCUGUCGUCAGAUGAAAAAUAAGAGAAAGAAGACAAGGAAUAAGUUGUGAAAUACACCAUGAGCUAACCAAAGUUAACCACCUUUAAAUCCCAUUGAUUUAAAUGGGCAAGGGAUAGGCACAUUCUACAGUCUCCCACUGAAAAUGAUGGGUCUUCAAAAAAAAAACAAAAAACCA